AUGGCACGUUUAAGCUUCGACGAGCUUCCCCAAGAAAUAAUCGAUGCUGUUGCUGCUCUGCUGGAUCUCCAAUCUCUUAGAAACCUCCGAUUAACCUCGCGGAGCAUUGCUGCAAAGGUUACAAACGCAAGAGGGUUCCAAGCCUACUUCCUCAGCAAGGAGAUACGUUUAUUCGACAUCGGACAACUUCGGGAAUUCGGUCCUCAGACCGAACCACAGAGAUGCGGUCGCCUAGUCCGCCACCUCACCCUUGUGAGCAAUGGCAAGGUCCAGAUUCCAGCAAAACGGAAGCUUGCUAGAGUUGGGGUCGAAAAUCUGGGGUGCGCCUCUCCCAUCUCAAUCACCCUCACAAUGCAACACGAAGAGCCUCCCUCUGUCAAAGAUUGGCUGCGUAUAUGGCGCGCAGCAGCCGAGACAUUCCACAACACAGCACUGGCGCUGAGCACAGCCGGCGUACCGGUGCAGGCAUUUGAUCUAUUUGGCCAGACCCGUUGGUGCAGCUUAGCUUGCGAUCAACUCACCCAAACGUUGGCGGUGGUUGAUCUUCCAGCAUCUUUCAAGCACCUCAAGAAGCUUUCACUUUGCUUGUCUCAACAUGCAUUGAAACGGCAUGGGAAACGUGAAGAGAGCAGAGUCGCUGGCCAAAUGAACACCCGAGCCCUCUGCGAGUUUCUUGCGCUUUUCCCUGAGCUGGAGGACCUGGAGCUCCGAUGGUAUAAAUUGCACGCGAGGAAAUGCACCGAUGCCUUGCAAGAAGAAUCUCGAUACUUUGAACGCAUCGUCGAGCUGUGUCGAUUUCCCCGUCUGAGACAAUGCGCACUAAGGGGUGUUUUCACAACGGCCGAUACACUACUAUCCUUCCUCCGGCGGCUUCGGAUCAACAGUCUUACGAUGGUGGAUGUAACCGUCCGACCAGGCUUCUUUCGUCCAAUCUUCGAUCAUGUGGUCAACCAUAUGGACACCCUGGAGUACUUGCACUUGGAUCAACUCUCAGAGAAGAAGUUAUUGCACUUUGAAGGGCCUGGAGAGCCGCAUUUCCGGUCAAUCGGUCGCCGGGUUGGACCCAUGGACCUGACGAGGGUUGGAAGUGCCAUACAUGACCCAAUUAGUUAUCACUUCGCCACCGGACGGCAGUUAGGCUCGUAUGAGUUUAUGGAGUUCCUGAGACAGAAUUACAAUAAUUACGGCCCUCCGGAUCAUUGGCACUCUCGUUCGAUCAGGCACUGGCAUCGAUAUUUGGGAGGCAAUCCCUAG